UCCAACCAUCAAAAUUCCUCAAACAAAUCACAUUAACAAAACAUAAACAAAAACAAAAACAAAAAACUCUCUUUUAGUACAAUGGCUUUUCACAACUCUGUUUUAUUUCUAGUUAUGUUUCUUUCUUGCGUCGUCUUAGCAGCUCUACCUAUUAAUGCCCAAUUUCCAACUUCCCCUUGCACGUCGACGAUGUUGACAAGUUUCACUCCUUGUUUGAGUUUCUUGGCCAACAGCAGUGGCAAUGGGACAACCCCAUCUGCAGGAUGUUGCACUGCACUUAAAACUUUGAUGAGUAAUGGCACUGCUUGUCUUUGUGUUAUUGCAACUGGUGGCAUUCCUUUUCAAAUUCCAAUCAAUCCGAAUGCAACUAUGUCUCUUCCUCGUGCUUGUAAUAUGGCUGCUGUUCCAUUCCAAUGCAAAGCCUCAAGUCCACCUGCAGCGGCUCCAGGUCCUUCUGGUGCUGAUGCUCCAAGUUCUUCACCAACAUCUGCUCCCAGUCCAUCUCGUAGUCCUAAAGAUGUGACUGAUUCCCAACCAAUGUCACCAACUUUGGCACCAGAAGCUGAGACAGUUCCUACUGUAACUCCUACAUCUCCAUCCGUGACGAAUUCCGGCCGUCGUCAAAAUCCUGUUACGCCAUCAGCUGCCCCUUCUCUUAGCUAUGGUUUUUCACCAUUAUUCCUCCUUGUUGCAUUUGGUGCAAUUGGUUUUAUUUUAUAUUAGUUUGAGAUGAUAAGACACCAAAAUUAGUUAAUUUGUGUGCAAUAUUAUGAGAUUUUUAUUAUAAUAUUAAGAAAUAUUCUUUCAUUUGUGAAGUUAUGAUAUUGAUGUAAUAUAGAAUAUUAAGGAGAUUAUGUACUUUUUGUUGUAU